GCCAAACCCUUCGGCAAAACAUCAAGGGUAGUUUAGUAACUGCGCUCAGAAAUAUAACACAAUUAAGUAGGUGAGGAACACCAGUUUCUUCCGUCUUUUGCUGAUUACAGGGUGAGAGCCUCGAAGCUAUCGAAACUCUGAAUCUAAAAAUUUAAGGAGGAGAGAUGGCUUCAGAGAAGAAGGUUCUAGGAUUCGAAGAAGUUUCACAGCACAACAAAACCAAAGACUGUUGGCUUAUUAUCUCCGGCAAGGUGUAUGAUGUGACCCCAUUCAUGGAUGAUCAUCCUGGAGGCGAUGAAGUCUUGUUGUCCUCAACAGGGAAAGAUGCUACGAAUGACUUUGAAGACGUCGGUCACAGCGACACCGCAAGGGACAUGAUGGAGAAGUACUACAUUGGAGAGAUCGAUUCGUCUACUGUUCCAGCCACAAGGACAUACGUUGCACCUUCUCAACCCGCUUACAACCAAGACAAGACACCAGAGUUCAUCAUCAAGAUUCUGCAGUUCCUUGUCCCUAUCUUGAUCUUGGGUCUGGCUCUUCUUGUCCGUCAAUAUACCAAGAAAGAGUAGAUGCAGAGGCUUUGCAUUUUUUUGCUUGCCACUGGAUAACUCUUUUCUGAUUUCUCUCUGUAUUUGCAAAAAAAAAAUACAGUUACUGUUGUUUGGUCCUAGACUUUAUCUCUGUCCUUAAAAAUGAUUCUUGUUGAAACUUAGCUAGUCUCUUUGUGGUCGUAUCGUUUGGUUUCUCUUUUUUGUGUUGAUUGAGAUGUUUACAACUUUGAUGAUCAAAUAAAAGGGUGCUUCUAUU